UUGGAUAAUUAAUCUCGCGAAGAUAUGUAUUACACAAGUUUUGGUCCAUCGGACUUAAAUGCUCUGCACGGAGUCCCGGGUGAGCAUUUUUCGUGUCUUAUGCCAGAGGCUGCACUCAAUCCGCCGUAUUCAGGUAAAAAUGUAAAGGAAAAACUCAGCAAUGGGUCCUCUGCCUAAAACCCAGGGGAACCCCAAAACCCUCGCAAGCCUUCUUCACCCGAGUCGGCGACCAUGGGCCAGCGACGGCCGGCGAAGCGGCGCCGCCUCUCGAGGACCCCUUCCCUCCUCCUCUCCUUUUCCCCCUUCUCCCGCUUCCUCCUCUUCGCCCACUCGUCCUCCGUCCCCAAAUCCGGCUCUCCCGAUCCCUCUCCUUCCUCCAAAUCCACAGUCAGUGGAUGGAAUCGCCGAUCCUAAGCCACCAAAAGCAAUCAAACGAAUGGAGUCCUCCGAAGAUGAAGAGGAGAAACAAGAAAAGAUCGAGAUGGUGCAAGCUGAUUUUGAGUUCUUCGAUCCCAAGCCCGGAGAUUUCAAUGGGGUGAAGCUUCUUCUCCAGAGCUACCUUGAUAAAAAGCCGUGGGAUCUCAGCGGCUUCGUUGACCUGAUCCUGGAGCAGACCACUGUCGGGACCAUUGUGAAAUCCGCCAGUCAGGAUGGAGAGGAGGAAGGAGAUGAUGAUGGAGGGGAUGAUGACGAGAGUUUGUUUGCCGUCAUCAGCGCCCUUAAUCUGGGGAGAUAUGCUGGCCAUGGAUGCAUCAAGGAGCUCAAGCGGUUCCUUCUUGAAGUUUGUAGUGACGAGAGUACAAAGACAAAGCUGAAAUUGCUGUUGGAACAGCAAGCGAGUGAUGUUGGUCUGUUGGUCUCGCAGCGGUUUGUUAACUGCCCCUACCAACUGGUGCCUCCACUAUAUGACGCGCUCUUUGAUGAGGUUUCAUGGGCAACAGAGGAUGAGUUGUUUUGCUUCUUAAAGCCCACACAGGAGCUUCGAGAUUCCUUCCGCCUCAAAUACUAUAUGUUGCUUACCAGAAUCUUGGAGAACAAAAAUGUCAACCAACGCAAGGCAAAACAAAGCCAGGAUUACGAGGAACCUUUCAUUUAUAUAAAGGCAGAAGAUGAGAUUUUUCGUGAGCUCAGCUUGUUAUCUUUUACUUUUCGUCUGCAUGCUGAGCAGUUGAUUUCACAUGAGUUAAAGAACUACAGGGAGAUGGGACUAGUCAUGGUUGUAAAAGCUGAUGACAUUUCCAAGUUCCGUGAGAAGUUAAAAUCAUUACUAGCCAAAUCAUAAUUCUAAAGGCGGUUUGGUAUAUUGACAGCAAUGUUGACCCCACAAUUAUCACGUCCUCCAGUUGCUGCCAUUUUCCUUGGAGAUGGAAUUCUCCAGGUCUCGCACCACUACUGUUGCAUAUGGUGCCAGACGUGGAUCACCUGCUUGAGAUGGUAAAUGGUCUGAUAUAAUUGGAAGUGGUGAGAUUGUACCAUGGACCAAAGUACAAUGAUGCAGAGCUUCUUCUUUUGUACUUCAUUUUUUUCCCCCUUGUUCCCUUUUGAUUUCAGGGGUUGCAGAGAUGGGUAUUACGUUGUUUGGUGAGUUAAAGGACUUGACAGAUUCAUUUCAGUUCUCAUUUGACUAUUAUACAGAUGUGAACCAUCGUUUUGGGUUUGAGUCGAGUCUUUGCAGGAAGAUGUCAACUUUUGCUAAUGUCGAGAAGAGAAUUAAUGAGGCCAGUAAACUUGUCUAUUCUGGUGGUUAUCUCCUUUACUGAGUUAUUCUUCAUGAAUCUUUCAUAAUUUUAUAUCCAAGUUAUGUUGUGGACAAAGUUAGGCAAUAAUUUAAUUUGUUAUUGGA